UCGGUGGUCAGUGACCCCUCGGCUCAGUCAGUCAGUCUGUCUGUGAGUCGUCACCGCGAGGAAGAAGAGGAAUAAGAAGAAGAAGGAGCAGAAGAAGAAGAGAGCGGGCCAUCGCCAUGACGACAGAAUACCACGACAAUGCUGAAGAUGACAGCAGCUCCUUCUGGAACAAAGAGCCUGCUCAUGUCUCUUUCUCAGGAGUCUCCAGAUUCAGACGCUGGUUGUAUCCUGGUCUCACUGCGACGGUCAUCCUGAUCCUGAUCAUAGCGCUGGGAGCCAGCAACACGAGGACGUGGAACAGACUGUGGUCAGUGGAGAACAAUGUUUCCAACCUGACGGAGUCACUGAGCGCCGUACAGCAGCUCACCAAAGACGCAGCUAAAGAAAUUCACCGGCUGAAGUUCGCUGUAGAGAGCAACAAGGACCAGCUGAGCUCAGUGUCGGAGGCGUUGAAGCAGCUGUCGGCUCUGGACUCCAUCAGCAGGACCGUCGCUACGCUCAAAUGUUCCCUCGAACGCUACAUCAACAACGGCUCAACAGCUGACGGCUGCUGUCCUCUGAACUGGAAUAAUUUUGGCACCAGCUGUUAUUUUUUCAGUAAGACGCCUUUGACCUGGGACGACGCCAGAGACUGGUGCAACGGACACGAAUCCCACCUGGUCAUUCUCACCACCGACGACGAGUGGGACUUUGUGACCGGUCAUACCUCGGGCGCCUUCUACUGGGUGGGACUGACUGAUGAGAGGACAGGGAAGUGGGAGUGGGUCAACCAGACACCGUACGUCAUGAACCGGAGGCGGUGGAAACCCGGUCAGCCUGACAGUUGGACCGGUCACGGUCUCGGCCCCGGUGAUGAAGACUGCGCUCAUCUUCACAAUGACGGACGCCUCAACGACCUGCACUGCUCCAGCAGGAUGCGCUACAUCUGCCAGAAACACAGCCAGCGCAGUUAAACAGGCUCCGCCCACUGUCACCUGAACAAUGAUCUGAUCCCAGCACAGCAGACUGAUCAGUUCCUGCUCGUCUCCUGUCCAGUUUAUUGAUCAUCUGUAUUCUGUACCACAGAGCUCUUUGUUCAAACUAUUAAAACUCAUCAAUCAGACAAACAGAUAUAAAA